AUGCACACGAUAAAGACUGUUGAGACGCAAGUUCCCUUUCUCAAAGAGAGUUUCUUCACCAGCACCUUCAAAGACAAGCGGAAGAACAGCGGCACCGGCGUCCUACGCCGACAACAGCACUCUCAGCAGCUCCCACAAACUCCAUACAACCCUGAGCAGCACUACCCUCUCCCCUCUGAGGGAGGACAAGAGCAGCCCCAUGUCAGGGAGCAGCGGCGCUUUCGCUCCAACAGCAGCCCGUUAUGUAACAGAUCUGAAUGGGGGGGAGCAGAUGGGGACAGAAAGGAGGGGCAACGGGAGAGGAAGGAUCAGAGCGCCAGAGAAGCCCUGACUGGAAGGGGGGGCGGGCGAGGAAUGAGCGUCGGUGGCUUUGAGCCCGAGGCUGCCACCGCCAGUCUCCGCCUCCUCUCGUCAUCGUCGGCGGCAGCAUCCUCACAGCUGCCUCUGACUGCGCUGCGUAAGCAAGCGGGCUUCGUCGGCGGUGACCCUCGGUCACAUGCCCACUCUAGACCUCAGCAGCACGGCCUCUUAGCCAGGGGGGUCCGCCUGCUCCGCAGCAUGGGCAACCAAGAAGCCAAACAGAAGAAGGGAGGCAAUGGCGGAGGUGGCAAGGAUGGCCUGUGUGAUGCUAGUGAAAAGGAAGCCGAAAAGAAAUCCAAAAAGUCUAACAAGAUCAGCAAAGGCGAACAAAAUGAGAAGAAGAAAUCAAAGUCCGAUUCCAAGGUCUCAGUGUUCUCUGGGAUGAAGAUCAGGAAAAGUUCCAAGGCCAAGGGAUUGUCCAGGGAUGACUUGCUGGUGGUCGAAAAGCUGGGGAAAGCAGGGCUAAAGCCCGGAGUGGAGGCCAGCUUGUCGGCUGAUGAGAUGGGCGUGCUAUCGGAUUUUGAGGCUGAUCUAAGCCGCUUGACGGCUGGGAGCCAACAAUCCAUCGUGGAUGAAACAUACCACAAGAACACCUCAGGAUCGGAAGUGGACGUUUACAGUUUCCACUCGGCUGCAGCUGACACCGAUGACCUUCUCUCGGACAUCCAACAAGCAAUGAGGGCUCAGUGUCGAGACUCUGCUUUCCAAAGAAGCAAAGCCACCGAGAAGCUUCUAUCUCAUCAGACUUUGAGCUUCGAGAACGACAUCUCUUCCUGUCGCAACAACAAAUCUGACAACGGAAUUGGACUCAUUAAACGAGAUCCAUCUGUGCCCGGAUCUUUGAGUGAGAGUGGACCGUCCUCCGCACCGGAGACUGAGAGGAGCAGUGGAAGCCUUUUCCCAAAGACCAAUAGCACCUUCAGCUUCCCAGAUACUUUAACCACCACCCCUUCCUCCUAUGAGAGUGCUGAGGAUGACCUGGAGAGCCCAGCCCAAGGCAAAAAUUUAGGUAUGCCGUGUGUCCGGCUUGAACCCAUGGGGGCUCACAAGAGCGCAAGCAGCAUGGAUUUGUCUUCAGAGCGAGCGGAGGAAGAUAACGCUGGGCGGGACCUCCCAUUCCUAAGGAAGAAGAGCAGUCUAUCAAUCAGCCUGCUUACAACCGAGAGCCCUACCAGACCGACUUCUGCCAUCUCCCCAUCCACUGUAAAACUCUACCCUCCUGUGCACCCCUCUUACGUGAAGACCACCACCAGGCAACUCAGCUCCCCCAUCGGGUCUCCACUCACCAGCCCCUGUGUGCCGAGGAGAACAGACUCAGGAGAAACCGACGAGGUCCAGGGUAUCAGGGGUCGAAAACAAAGGUCCAGCUCUAUUGCGGGGCCCCUUGGCACGCCGGGGGACUGGUGUGGCGAGCCUGACAGUGGAGAUGGAGCGGUCUUCUCUGAGCUGGAGCAACCAGAGAAAGGAGCGUCAGCUGGCACAUACUGGACGUUGGGCUCCAGAAGAGCGCAGUAUGGGCACUCCAGAUCUUCCAGAGGGGCGUCUUCCUACCUUGACAUCUUCUCUGGGCGCACACUGCUGGACAGGCUGUGUAUGAACCAAGAGGUUGACUCAUCAGAGGAAGAGGCCAAGCAAAUGUGCCAGCGAAUGUUGACACAGGGUUUGCUGCACCCUUUCAGCGACAACGGUGGGGAUCGUCACGGCAGUGCUAUAUUUUCUGGGGAGCAGCUGUACACCUGGGCAACUGUGGGACUGCCGGUGUCCUCACACCUGUGGGAACUCUAUGGUGGGAGAACACCAACCAGAGUGCAGAGUUCUAAAUCACCUUUGAAGGCCAAGUCAGCAGUACCGUCUCACCCCCAGACACAGCUCAGCAGAGUAAAGUCAUGUCAGUCUUCCUCUGAGGAUGAAGGCGGUCUAAUAUCUCAGCUAGAGAAGACCAUUCUUGACCUUCGUGUGAAGAUGGCCGUGCUGCAGAGCCAGCAGGUUUCCUCAGCAAAGGCAAACGAUUGUGAAAGUAGGAGCCAGGAGGCGUUUGUUCAGACCUCGCCUCUAGGAGAUGGAAUUAAGUUGGAUGUGACCACUGGCCUCCCCAAAACAGAGGGGGCCUUUGUAUGCACAUGCCAGCAAAACAAGACAAUCCCACCUCCUCCUCCACCACCACCUUUACCUGGACUUGGAUCAUGUCCACCUCCUCCACCACCACCUUUACCUGGACUUGGAUCCUGUCCUCCACCUUUACCUGGACCUGGAUCUUGCCCCCCUCCUCCACCUCCACCACCUUUACCCGGGUUUGGAUCCUGUCCGCCACCUCCACCACUACCUGGUAUUUUAGCUCCACCUCCACCUCCUCCUCCUCCCCCAGGUAUGGGCCCUCCACCGCCACCCCCACCUCCCGGAAUGGGCCCACCACCUCCACCCCUGCCUCCAGGACUUGGUGCCCCACUUCCACCACCGCCGGGCCCUGGAUUCUCCAAGAUGAUCCAGGAAGCUGCCCCUGCCAAAGCCGUGAUUGAGCCCCCCAAGCCCAUGAAGCCCCUCUACUGGACACGCAUUCAGCUGCAUGCUAAAAAGCAGAGCGGCUCAUUAGUUUGGGAGAAAAUUCAAGAACCAACGGUGGACUUUCAAGAAUUUGUCGAUCUCUUCUCCAAAAGUGCUGUCAAAGAGAAGAAAAAGCCUAUUUCCGACACAAUCAGCAAAUCCAAAGCCAAGCAGAUGGUGAAGCUUUUGAGCAACAAACGUUCUCAAGCAGUCGGGAUCCUUAUGUCCAGCAUCCAUCUUGACAUGAAGGAUAUUCAAAAUGCCGUCCUCAAUAUGGACAACACUGUCGUGGAUCUGGAGACCCUACAAGCGCUUUAUGAGAAUAGAGCCCAGAAUGAUGAGCUGGAGAGUAUCACAAAACACAUGAAGUCAUCGCAAGACAAAGAGGAUGCAAAGCCACUGGACAAGCCGGAGCAGUUCCUCUUGCAGUUAUCAGAGAUCCCAAACUUCUCCGAAAGGGUCUUUUGCAUUCUUUUCCAGUCCACUUUCUUCGAAUGCAUCACCUCAAUUGCCCGUAAAAUGGAAAUCCUUCAAAGAACAUGCAAGUCUCUUCAAAGUGGGAAGUGUGUAUUGCAGGUUCUGGGUCUGGUUUUGGCUUUUGGGAACUUUAUGAAUGGAGGUAAUAGAACCCGCGGGCAGGCUGACGGCUUUACUUUGGACAUCCUGCCCAAAUUAAAGGACGUUAAGAGCAGUGAUAACUCCCAGAGUCUUUUGUCCUACGUCGUUGCUUACUAUAUGAGGCACUUUGAUGAGAACGCUGGAAGAGAGACAUGCAUCUACCCUCUACCUGAGCCACAUGACCUAUUUCAGGCCUCCCAGAUGAAGUUCGAGGACUUUCAAAAGGAUUUGCGCAAGCUGAAGAAAGACCUAACCGCGUGCUCCAGAGAGACGGAAAAAGUAUGCAAGCUGUCCUCAGAAGACAACCUGCAGCCCUUCAAGGACAAGAUGGAUGCCUUUGUUAGUAAAGCCAAAACUGAGCUGGAAACACAGGAGAAACAACUGGCAGACACUCAAAACACCUUCUUGGAACUGAGCACGUCCUUCUCAGUCAAACCCAAAGCGGGAGAAAAGGAGGCAUCUCCAAACACUGUUUUUGGCCUUUGGCAUGAGUUUUCCACAGAUUUUAAAGAGCAGUGGAAGAAGCAGAACAAGCUGAUGCUCAAGGAACGGCUGAAAGUGGCAGAGGAGUGUUUCAGACAAGCCAAGGAGAAAGCAUCCUACAACGUCAAACCCAAACAUGCAACUGGAAUCAAAGCAAAGCUGGGCCAGAAGAUGUAA